UAUUUUGCCAAUAAGACGCUUUAUAAAUCGAAAUAGCCGAACCAUUCCAUCUGUUAGUUCCAUUCAAGCUUGCUACGCUAUUGGACCAUGUUCUAUUUUAAUCUAUUGGUGUUCGUCGCGCUUGCCAUCAUCCGGCUAGGCCGUUGCCAAGUGGCCCUUUCCGAUACGAACCAAGCAAGAACGAAGGCUACAGAAUGGUUAUUGAAAGAGUGGAUUGAACCCCUUCCAGGCGCUCCUACAAGAUUGACUGGAGGCUGGGACGAUUCGAACACGAUCCGCGUUUUAACCGCACUGCAAUUAGCUGAUAAUGGCUGGCUUUUCAAUCCUGCCAAUAAGGAAAAAGCUGAGCUGGCAAUUAGGCACAUGAAUAGUGAAAUCCUCAAUGGCCUCGUUAAGAGUGCAAACAUGACAUCACUGCCUGCCGAAGAGGGUGCGCAAUACAUCAACGGCUUACUUGCCACCUGUCAGAACCCAGAGAAUUUUUACGGUCAUAAUUUAGUGACUAUGUUAACUCGCAGAAUUGAUAGCAUUCCUUCUGGAUCCGGUACCAAGAAUGUAGGGCAAGUGAUUGCUGCAGUUUCCGCGCUUUGCAAUGCUGGAGCGCCUGUUCCAGCAGGAGCCAUUCAGCGCAUCAAUAGCGAACUUAAACCUACAUCAGGAAGUUGUCCGUUCUGCGUAGAAGGUUCCAGUAUGGCUAUUUUGGCCAUGAAGUGUUUGAGAGAUAGGGCUGGCCCAGUCGAUCCACUAGUAGCCGGGAUUAGUACUCGACAAAUUGCGUAUGUUAAGGGCAAGCAGGACAAAGACGGUGGUUUUGACGAUCUUAUUUCUACCACCAUUGCUGUACAGGCAGCGAAUGCAGUAGGAACAGUUAAUCUCCCGAUUAACGUAGCAGCGGCCCUUAACUACAUUCUCCAGGAUCAAGAUAAGGAAACGGGAAGUUUUGGUAACCCAGUUUUUACGUCCAUAGUGUUGCCUACGCUGAUUGGCCGCUCAGGACUUGAUGUUCGUACAGUCUCUUGCCCAGUUGCGAAAACUGCAGGCAAUCCCAUCCGCAGUGAUCAGAUAAGAAUGCUACUUUCCAUCGAGGAUAAUAUCUACGCCCAAACGACUGUUGAAACUAAAGUAGACACUGCCCCUGGCCAAACCAUAUUACAGAUAAUGAACGAGCAAUCUGCCAAACAUCCACGGGCCUUUAAAUUUGCGACGGAAGCAGUAAAUGGGGGAACACAAUUGACCGGAUUAAACAGCGUGAUUAACGACAGUAAAAAUAACUGGUCAUGGAGAGUAUUCCGGAUUCCUCCCGGGUCAAAUCAAACUCCUCAGCCGGUUGCUACACUGGAUAACGGACUGGGAACCAACGUACAAAAUGGAGACAGAAUAAUUUUUCGUUUUGGGCGAGGAUAAAACUAAAAAUUUUAUCCAGAUGACUUCUUGCCAUCUGGGAAAUUUUGCGUUACAUCUUCUUCUUUGGGAAUGGGUGAACAUGUUUGAAAAUUAUCAACAAAAUAGGUACCAGAAAAAAUGAAGUUUGAUAUAUGGAACCAAAUAAAUAAUCUUGAAGAAUA